GAAUCGAAGGAGCUUCAGUCUCAGCGUGGGAGUCGCAAGGAAGCCAGAGCACAGUUCGUUUUUAAAAUUGAGGAGGAAACCCAGUAUCUUACAAACAUGAGGGCUUCAUCUUAUACCCAGAAGAGCUUACAGGUCAGCAGCUCUGCUGGCAGGGUAAGGGUUCAGAGCCCAUCACCUUCCCGGUGUCGUGGAUCAUCGUACGACAGCCGUGGGCGCUCAGGGUAUCGUGGAACCGCUGUCGAGCUGAGCACAGAGAUACACCAGCAAAAUGCCAAUGAGAAGGAGGAGAUGCAGGAGCUCAACGUCAAAUUUGCAGGAUACAUCGCAAAGGUUCAGGCCCUCGAGCAGAGAAACUCUGCUCUGCAAGCUGAGCUGGCCGCUCUGCAGGAUCGGUACAAGGGAAGCCCGAGUGGCAUCAGUGAAGAAUACGAGCUCAAGUUCAAAGAGGUGCGGGAGCUAAUUGAAACCCUCACCAAUGAGAAGGGAGCUGCUGAUAUUGAGCGAGGUUACAUCGAAGAGGAGGUGGAAGUGUGGAGACUAAAACUAGAAGAGGAGCUGGCACUUAAAGAAGAAGCAGAGAUGAUUCUGAGGGAGUUUCGCCAGGAUGUUGACAGCGCCACGCUGCAGAAGGCCGAGCUUGAGAAGUGCAUAGAGCAAUUAGUGGCGGAGAUUGAGUUUCUCAAGAAGCUGCAUGACGAAGAGGUGGCCGACCUCAUGAAGCAAAUUGAGGACUCAAAGAUUACAGCUGAGAUGGACGGUGACCGUCCUGACCUGGCUGCUUACCUACGCAACAUGCGUGCAGAAAUAGAAGCCGUUGCUGCCCGAAAUGUCCAAGAAGCUGAGAAAUGGUACAAGAGCAAAUUCGACACUCUCAAGGAGCAUGCAGGAAAACAUGAAGAACACAUGAAGAUCAUGAAAGAAGAAAUCACAACCUUCCACAAUCAGGUGUCAGACCUACAGAACCAGAUCGACGCCCUGAGAGCUCGCAAUGCAGCCCUGGAACAGCAGCUGGAAGAAAUGGAGAUCUCCCACAUGGACAAGGUGGGAGGUCUGGAGAGCAUCAUCGCCCAGCUGGAGGCUCAACUCUGUGAGACCAAACUUGAGAUGACCAAGUAUCUUCAAGAUUACCAGGAACUGCUGCACAUCAAGCUCAAGCUGGAUGCAGAGAUUGCCACCUAUAGGAAGCUACUGGAAGGAGAAGAGCAAAGGCUGGGAAUUGCUAAAGAUAAUUAAAAAUCCAGAAUGAGAGCAGUGAAGAAUUAACCUUAGUCCAGAACAGUCAUGAAGAAGGCCUGCAGUGCACCAAGGAGCAGAGAGAUCACCUCAGCCUUGAUAUAAAGACUUUAAAAUGUCUUAAUCAAAGGACUGGGUGUUGUUUUAACAUUUUAAUAACAGUAGUAGGGCUUUCAUUAAUAAACUGAACAGAACACAUAAAACUCUAAACCGUUCAUGUUAGGAAUUUGGUUACAGAGAAAUAUCUACUUUGCAAAGUUUUAGAUAUAUUAGGUUUGGUAAUAUCCAGCUCUUCUUGUCCUGUGUAAUGCAUGUUUGACACCAUUAUACAUUAGUUUGCUGCCAUCGCUGCCGUCUUUCCUGACAAAUUUCACAUUAUUUUCAAAACUCAUCCCUCUUCGUUUUUACUCUCUCCUCAUCUCAUCUCGUAUCUGGGUUUAGCAGCCCUCAUUUCUCCUCGCUCGUUCCUCUUUGCUUUACUCCAGCUCCUGCAGUAGUCCUGCUAAAUUUACCUUCCCUUUUUUCCUGCCAAGUCAGCCCUGCUGUCAUACCUCUGUCACUCCUCUGUGCUACGCUUUGUCUCAUCAGUCCGCUGCCUCCUGUCCAAGUUUCCUUUACAGUAAAACCCCCAACUUGGUGCGAAUGACAAAGGCAACCCCAAUUAACUCCGACUGUUUUGACAAGAAACAACUGUUGACCAUUUACCCUAAUGUUUACCAGCUGUUACUUAAUAAAGACUUAAGUUAGUGCAUACACAACGAUGGUGUUGUUUCUUUCCUUCAGCUUGCCUUUUAACCCUAUACGCUGAAAAAAUAUUUCUUAGAAAAUCAGACCUUUCCGUUUAACUUAUAUUUUUAACACUGUUUAAUGACCUGGCUGUACUGUGAUUUGAUAUUCUUGUGUUUGACUGACAUGCAGAACAUCUGCUAUCAUCCAUGCGGCCAACUGUUGAAUUAGUUUGGGUUGGUGGCAGAUUUCCAAAAAGAAUCUUCUCGUUAUGGAUGCAUAUAGAUACAUAAGUGUUGUUUUGAUCAAAAUAUGAUGUAUGGAGGGGUUUAUGGAUAGGAAAAAAUGAAACGAAGUGUUUUGAUCAGGAGCAGUGUAUCAACCACUCUGAGCGUCCUGUAAAUUAAACUGCGAGCGUGGUUAGAGGGAGAUGAGUAUAUGUGAUGAGCCUCUUGGCUGAUUGCAUCUAUGAUGAUACACUGUGAGCUGCAUAAUGAAACACAGUUCUCAUUUUUACUGAUAUGUUGAGGCUGAAUGUCACCUUAGUCAUGAUGGUUUUUCCAAUUCAUCCAUUUAAAAAGUGCAGCUCUACCUUCUAACAGCACAGGGUGAAAAAGAAAACCCAGAAUAAAAAUUGGUUUUGUUUUGGAUUAUUUAAUUCAAAAUUUGCACUGUUAAAAUAUUUUGCCUAAAGAAAUUGCUUACUGUUGUUGACAGUAAACAAGAUGGUUAGCUGUGAAAUGCUUUAUAACGACACAGAUCAUUACACAUGCCUAAUUAAAGCAAAUAGCCUCUGCCCAGUGUUAUUUAUAUACAGUUAUGGCCUUUUUUCUUUGUUACACCCCUUGUAAAUACAGACCCAUUCAAUAAAUUAGAAUAUUAUUAGAAAGUUCAUUUAUUUCUGUAACUUAGUUCACUUAGUGAAACACAUUAUUUAGAUUAAUUGCACAGACUGAUUUAUUUUUGUUAAUGAUGAUUUUCUGUUUAUGGGUAAUAAAAACGCAAUAUUACAUCAAAAAUACUUUUUAAUACAGAUAUGUGGGCCUAAUGAAAAGCGUGUUUAAUAUCUGCUUAUAGGUUGUUAUUUUCAAAAGGUACUUUUACUCUGAAAGGCUUCAUCGGAAGGCAUAUUCUAACUUAUUUAAUAUGACUGUAUAUAAAGUUGUAAAAUUAACCUUUAAUUGCAGUAGCAAAAGCUCUCAUUGAACAAUUGAGAAAAUUUCGACCUUUAAUUUCACCACAUGUACAUCUCAAUGAAUUGCAUUAGUCAUCAACAAGUUGAUUUACCGUGUGUCAUAUUUUAAUUUAUUACACAAAGUGAAGUUUUAUUCCUGUUGAUAGUGGCUUAUAGCUAAUGAAAACCUCAAAUUCUGUUUUUCCGAAAUAUGAAUGAAAAAGCCACCAUAUCCAACGUAUGUGCUAGAACUGUCCCAGUCCUUGUGUAAGACCACUCCUGAACCACAGAGAACACCAUUUAUAUCUGGUCAAAGGGCAAGAAGGACUAGACUGUUACUGAGUGGUCCAAAGUCCUAUAUUCUGUUAAAAAUAAAUUUUGUAAUGAAUUUGUAGAUCAGGCUCCUGGAGUCUGGAGGAAGAGGUACAGAAUCCAAGUAGGUUCAAGUCCAGUGUGAACGUUCUAGUCUGUGAUAAUUUGGGGAGCCAUGUCAUCUGCUGGAGUCGGUCUGUUUCAUCAAGUACAAAAUAGGCAGAGCAGUCUGCCAGGAAAUUUUGGAGCACUUCCUGUUGACAUGCUUUAUGGAGAAUGUGGGGGUUUGUGAAGAGGAGGAUGAAGGACACCAGACCCAGCAAUGUAGAUGAGUAAAGAGGAGCUAUUAAAUCAACCUGGGCUUGCCUUAUAUCACUGUGUAUAAUGAAUCUACAUAGUAUGAGUUACACUUUUUGAAUCCAAUUCCUAUAAUAAAUAAACUUUUCAGUGGUCUACAUUA